AUGGCCCCCAUUUUCAAGCCGAUCUUGUCAGCGUCCCUCGCCACCCUGGCGUUCACACACGCUGCCCCAGCCCACGCCCCACCGACCCACGCCGAUGCUUGCGGCAUCAUCAGAGGACUCAACGCCACAGCUAUCACAUGCAAGCAUGUCGUCGACCUCUACAGCGCCAUUCCCUUCGACAACAACCUGGCCAGCACCACCCUCUCAACCAUGCUCACCCUCUUCAAGGACUUCUACGUCUUCACUGACUCUGCCCUCUCCCCAACCGCCACCAGACCCUUCAGCGACGACCCCGUCGACAUUAUCGCGAAAAUGGAAAAGUUUGGUCGUACGCGGUAUACCAGUGACUACCAGUUCCACACCGAUAUCCACAAUGCCGUUAACAUUGACUGCUACCUGUCAUACUCCUUCGUCCAGAAGCUCUCCCUCUACGCUCCCGUCGUUGAUGGCAAACAGGACGCUCUCACCUACCUCAAAAGUUAUGCCCGAGAUGUCAUCGGCCGCUCUCACGACCCCAACGCCCGUCUCAACUCUCUUCUCGCAACUCUAGGCUUUGAAAAGGAGAAAGGAAUUUUUACUGAAAACCUUGGUGGUUUUGCCCUGCGAAUGACAGUCCCCGAGGCACCUUACGUCGACUACCAGCUCCAGUGCCCUCACUUGACCCAGCCCGUCAACCUCCGUGAUGACUACCUUUCACCUACCGAGACCGCCCCUGCAUCAUCCCAGAACAGUGCACAGGACAAGAUUCUGUUCAAGCCUAUUCCCCAGAUUAUUAAACGUGCCGAGUCCGAGCCCGAAACCGUCACUCCUGGUCACCAGUACUCUGGCGCUAAGCAGCUUCUUGCCGGUAAUGCCACCGUCUUUUACCAUCUCAAGGAUCGGCCCGACACCGGAGUCGUGGUAUGUCAUACCUUCCACGUUGAGGAAGAAGAGCGGGAUGUUAUGAUGGAGGGAUUGGAGGCAUUCAACAGACGCAAUGUCACCAACAUCAUUGUCGACCUUCAGGGAAACACUGGUGGAUAUGCCAACUACGCUGCCUUCCUGCCCGACAUCUUGUUCCCCAGCUCCCACUAUCUGCCAGGCAGCCUCACAUCUGAUCUCCGCGUCAGCAAGUCCGUCCAGCAGAUCUCAGCAAAGGGAUACAACAACUCACAGUCUGGAUUUUUUGACGCCAGCUCUUUUAUCAACAUGAACAACGGCUCCUCCGUCUACCAGAACAACGACCUCUUCGACAAACCCGUCACCAUCACCCGUAACGGUCGCACCAACCUCUGGACCGAAAAGACGCAACCGUACUCGACCGAAGCACCAGCCAACUACUUUGCUGACGCAGUUCCUUUCCCCUGGUCGGACAAGGUCAACAACAUCCGCGUCUUGACCGAUGGUCUCUGCGGAUCUGCCUGUGCCAUGUCUGCAUACUAUUUCGCUCACCGCUACAAUGUCCCUACAUACUCUACCGGUGGUACCCAUGGAGAAGACCUAUCCAUGUUUUCGUUUGCUGGCGCGUCAGUGGCUGAGUUGGGCAAAGUCCAGAAUUGGUACAAGACGUCCAACAUGACUUGCCCCAUGGCGGAGAUCCCCUACAGGAGUACGAUUACCUUCUCUUGGUUGGAGACGUAUGGUGAGGGACGAUCCACGCCUCUGGAGUAUGAUGCUGAGCUGUACUGGCCUACUUAUCGUCUUGAUUAUACGCCUGCUAACGCUCAUAGUCGGGAAGCGAUGUGGAAGGAUGUUGCUGCUGCUUCGUGGAAGUAG